AUGGACGGAUUGAAUGCCUCAGUCUCUGCAGGUUGGUAUACCUUCACCAACUUGGGCCCCCUCACCACCACGUACACACCGGCUCCAAGCUGCACUGCUUCCAAUCGCGUCGGUCUUGGGUAUGUGAAUCCUACUGGUGGAAAUGUAUACAUAGAGUAUGCCAUCCAAUGCACCUCGGACUUCAACUAUUUUACCGGCUGCACUCCUACUUCCACUUCAGCAGUCAGCACCCCGACCUUCACAGCAACAUCUUACGAGGAUUAUGAAGAAUAUAAGGAUAGUCUGAUCGAAUGGAAAGGUUAUGGUGCCUACUACUCUCCUGGUCUAUACUGUCCCUCGGGCUGGACGACAAUCGGAAUGGCAGCGCGUGACUCUGGCAGCUCGAUAACUUCAUCGGGUAUCAUGGUUCCCACUGCAACUGCGACUACAACCACGAAGUACAGUACCGAUGACAUGUACUACUAUAUGUUCAACUACGAGGACCCCGCCUCGGUGCUCAAGGACAUUCUCGAGCCUAAACAGACAAUGGCGUUAUGUUGUCCGAGUGCCAUGACCGCCGACAACAAUGGUGCUUGUUAUUCUGUCGUGAAAGACUACAAGCCGAGCGUCGGUUGCCAGGCCGGCACAGGGUACAACUACGAAUACUCUGAGGUGCCAUACACGUACAGUGAUCCCAGCGCCAGCGCCGUCGAGACUGGUUACCGUGAUGUUCCAACGACAACCAUCUACAAAACAGACACUUUCUCGACGACCUUUGAUCGCAUGGAACAGAACUACUACACUGCGUUUUCUUAUGCACCCAUGAUCACCCUCCUGCAUCGUGAGUCCGAUUUGCAGUCUGCGAGAGCGUCCUCUACUUCGGCUGCCACUGCAGCCACCACCGCAGCGACUACAUCUAAUGCGGCAGGCAAGGUUGGUCCCAAGGCGUCGGCAUGGGAUGGUGCCGGCUCUUUGCUUGGUAUUUCUGCUGCUGGUAUGGUAUUGGGGGCUGCUACCAUUUUCCCUUGGUAA